CUAACAGACUUAAUUAAUCUUUUUUUAAGUUUUAAAUCAGAUCAAUCCUUUUUUUUUUUUUUUAACUUUGAUCUUUGAGUACACAGAACACUUUAGAGUACUCUGACACCAGAGUGGACAAAAGUUAAUAUUCUCAAACAUGUUACAACACCAGAGCAACACUAGUGGGCAGGAUUUAGUGCUGUUUGUACACACCAUUACCUGUAGAUCUCACUGAUGUCAGUAAUUCUGUCAUUUGAAAACAAAAACAAAAAGUGCUUUUCCCAUGAUUGUUGGUCACCAGUACGUUUCUGUCAUUUUAUACACUAGGUAGACAGAUUAGCAUAUGACUGGGCAGUUUCAUUCUGGUAGUGUAUGAACUUAAACACUACCUUAUACCUACUGAAUGCUCCAGUGAAAAAAGAAAAAAGCAGGUUUUGCAAGUUUAAAUAGGGGGACUGAGGGAGUGGUGAUCAUAUCAGGUUUCGGCUAAUUCAAUAGAUGAAUAGGUUUUGAGUAAGAAAAGGAAGUGGGUCUGUGUUGUUAAAUCAGAAACAUAAUGGGAGAAAGAGAGAAAAGAAGGGGGAAACAGAAGUGCACAGAGAAACACAGAUAGUCCUUUUUCACAAUCCAGAGGACUGCGGAUAAAAUAUGUCUUGCAUCUCUCAGAAACAAAAAGUUAAAAAGGACAGUAAGCGAGAGAAUGUACACCAAGGGUGCAUAACCCCAGUUCUAGAGGGCAACACAAAAUAUCCAACUCACCAGUUAAUUACCAAGUUUUACCAGCAGGAAAUCAUUAAACUGUGCUAGACACUGACCCUUCAGGACUGGAAGGCCCUGAAGCGUACACCUUGUCCACACAGGUUUAAUUUAAGCUUUCCUAUAAUAGUGACCUCAAACUGCUGAUUUAAGGUCAACAUGUCUUUUCUAUAUGCAUACCUUUAUCAUGGGUAAAGAAAAGGCAAGACCAGUUUCAGAUCAGUGGCUCAAAACUACCUCUGUCUUCAGAGCUCUUGGCUCCGCCUUUAAUUCCACUCAUUCCUGCUGUUUCAACAUAUCAUUCGGAACUGCUGCUUCAAAUGGACACAGUCACAUUCAGAGACAGACCAGCAAGACAAAUAUCUGCAGAAUCUCAGGAAAGGGAUGCCAUUUGACUCUCAAAGGAAGUACAGCAGGUCAUGACCCUGUGUGGCUGUGCAAUGAGGUUAGGUGUGCAGAGUACAGUGUACAAGCUGCAUCAUGAAGGACAGCUUUGAGCCCACAGUCAAAUUAAAGCUGGUGAAUGUAGCUGGCUCCAUGGCACAACCCCAGGGCAAACCACAGCAGAGAGAACAGUGGGCCAGUAAGAUGGAUUUUUUUCUGGCUGUUGCAGGACAUAUCGUUGGUCUGGGAAAUGUGUGGAGGUUUCCUUAUCUGUGUUACAAAAAUGGAGGGGGAGCUUUCUUUGUGCCAUACAUACUGUUCCUAUUUUCCUGUGGCAUACCCCUCUUCUUCUUGGAGACAUCAUUGGGCCAGUACACUAGCCAGGGUGGCAUCACAUGCUGGAGGAAAAUCUGCCCUCUUUUUGAAGGGCUGGGCUAUGGUAGUCAGAUUGUGAUCCUGUACACUGGAGUUUAUUACAUCAUUAUUCUGGCCUGGGCACUUCUCUACCUUUUCUUCUCAUUCAGCUCAGAGCUCCCAUGGGCUAACUGCAAGAAUAGCUGGAACACAGAGUACUGCAUGGAAUUUAGCAAGAACAACAUGACCGAUAAUAUUCCAGACAAAAUUACAUCGCCAGUUGUGGAAUUCUGGGAGAAGAGGAUUCUGGGUUUGUCUGGUGGCAUAGAAGAAAUAGGUAAUGUGAGGUGGGAGCUGGCUUUGUGUCUCCUGCUGGCUUGGACCAUCUGCUUCUUCUGUGUGUUUAAUGGCGUGAAGUCUACAGGCAAGGUGGUCUAUUUCACUGCUACCUUUCCUUACUUGAUGUUGAUGGUGCUGCUGGUACGUGGACUGACGUUGCCUGGAGCAAGUAGUGGUAUCACAUUUUAUCUCUACCCAGAUCCUACUCGCCUCACAGACCCUCAGGUGUGGAUGGAUGCAGGUAGCCAGAUAUUUUACUCCUAUGGAGUUUGCACAGGGACUCUGACAGCUUUAGGAAGCUAUAAUAAAUAUGACAACAACUGUUACAGAGACUGUCUGUAUUUGUGCCUGCUAAACAGUAUGACUAGCUUUGUGGCUGGAUUUGCCAUUUUUUCUGUGCUGGGCUUCAUGGCAGAUGAACAGGGAAUGGAUAUUUCAAUGGUGGCAGAGUCAGGUCCUGGGCUGGCAUUUAUUGCUUACCCACGUGCAGUGGCCUUAAUGCCUCUCCCUCAGUUAUGGGCAGUUUUCUUCUUCAUUAUGAUCCUUUUCCUUGGACUAGAUAGUGAGUUUGUAUAUCAUGAAGCCCUGGUAACAGCAAUCUCAGACAUGUACCCCUCAUUCUUCCAAAAUGGACACCGACGUAAAAUCCUGCUUCUCCUAAUCUGUGUAGUCAGCUUCCUUAUUGGUCUUCUGAUGGUAACAGAGGGCGGACUGUAUGUCUUCCAGUUAUUUGAUUAUUACGCUUGCAGUGGAAUGACUUUGCUGGCCUUUGCCAUUCUUCAGUCCAUCUGUGUUGGAUGGGUUUAUGGUGCAGACCGUCUGUAUGACAACAUUGAAGACAUGAUUGGUUAUCGUCCCUGGCCCCAUAUGAAGCUCUGCUGGAAAUAUGUGACCCCUAUUAUUUGCAUAGGGACAUUUGUAUUCUCCUUGGUUAAGUACACUCCUCUCAAGUUGAAUAACCUAUAUGAGUACCCCUGGUGGGGUUACGCUCUCGGAGGCUUCUUCACACUCUCCUCCACUAUGUUGGUCCCUUUAUGGAUGGUGUAUGCAUUUUGCAAGACCCCUGGCUCAAUAAGUCAGAGAAUGAAAACCCUAUGUACUCCUGCUGAAGAUCUGUCUAAUCCUAAGUCACCCAAAGGUGUCCUCGCCUCUCGCACUUUUGAGACCUUCACAGAUCUGCAGACUUUGCGUCAACACUCUCCAGUAGAUGUAUGACCUUUCUGCAUUAUCAAAACACACACACACACACACACACACACACACACUGCAACAGGCUGCCUAUCACAGAUCAUGGCUAUGUGCAUUUAUUUAUUUACAUUUAAUCUGUAUCUCUUGUAUACUGUUUAACUAAUAUGUUGGUAUAAAUAAUCUAUGUGAACAGAAGAGCAGAGAUACUAGUUUUACUCAAUACUGACAUUGCAUAACAUUUAUUAUUCAAAGCAAAGCUUUGUGAGAACCAUAAUUAAUCUAUUUGUUUAGUAUUUAUGAUUGUUAAGUUUUAAGCAAUGGCUGUAUGACCGUGGAUGGAUUUAUAUGGAUGAUUUUGCUGCACAAGGAUAGUUGUUUUAGAUUUGUGUGUUUUUACUCAUAAUGUAUUUUUAUGAGAUUGUAUACAUUUGUUGUAAAUAGGUGUGGUCCGCAAUCAUGUUAGCACUGUUAGCCUAUUUUCCUAUAAACCUAUUUUUAAAAGCUUGUUUCAAGACCUCUCAGGUUUACAAAUACUGCGUGUCUGCACCUGAUACUCAUGCAUUAUUAGAAAGUUUAGAAACAUUAAGUGCCUCAAAAAUGGAUAUAUACAAAAAAAAAAAACAUUGUAUGUCAUGAGCCCACUUAUUUGCUACUGAUUAUCUGAGAUGCAUUCCAAUAUUUCUUACAAACUGUAAACAACCAUUUGCGUAUGAGUUAAUCUUUAAACUUCAAUAAUUAAUUACAACUUCAGGCACAACUUCAGUCCAAGUCAUUUAUUGUGCCUGCCACUGCAUUUCAUUACUUUCUUAAUAGUCCAUUGUUGAUUCCUUUAAGUAGGCACUCACAGCACAAAGUGAGGAGUGGAGUUUUCAGCCAAAGUACAGUAGGUACAGUUAAUGUGCUUUCUGAGUUGUAUGAUCUAUUUUAUUUGAACUAGGUCAGAUCAGCUUGCUACUUACUAAGCUAGCCAAUUAUCUAGCAGAACAGAAGUAUUAUAUAUAGUGCAGUGCAAUAUCUUCUCUUCUGUCAGGGGAAAUAGUUCCAUCUAAUGGACAAAUUCUAUAAUUGUCAGUUUCACAAAGUUUACUUGCUUUUAAGAUAUCAAUGUGAAGUGCAAAAACUGUGCAAAGUUUGAACAUUACAUGUUUAAUAUGUUCAAAUAAAAAAUACUAAAAUGUUGGA